GACAAAAGACCGAGGAUGGGUUGUGACUUGUGACGGGGGGCACUGGGCGAUGUGCCAAGGGCGUAAAAGGGCACGGCACUUGCCCGAUCAGGUUUGAGCAAACCAAGGUUCCUCUCUCUCUCUCAUAUUGGCCGGGGGUUGCGAGAUCGUGAUUUGAUCGAAAAGACGUGAGCAGCCGGUCUCGGCCUGGCGUUCAGGACCCCUUUUUUUUUUUUUUUUUACAUAAACAGGGCCAGGGCACGCCGUUGGUGUUGACCCCAUCGACAAACCGACAAAGGCCUCGCCUGCUCCAUGCUCAGUCUCCGCACCCCAGCUUUUGGUGGUGACCAUCCCUGUCAGCACCCCGGAUCCCCAGAUGGGAGCGGGGCAGGCCUGCCGGUCAUCCACAAGGGCCGGAAGGGUCCGGGAAAAAAAGACCGGACCCACGGUUCGUCCGGAUCUGAGUGUUGACAAGAGACAAAACAGAGACAGUUUUCACCGGUGAGAUUUGCUGUGAAACCUAUGAUGGACACUGUCAGGAUGCCACGCAUGGGAUUGUUCUUCGUGAUCCGGGACAAGCGGCAGCAAUGCGGCGGCAGAGGGUUGGAGUGGCGCUUUGCGGGAGUUUCUGACACUUGAAGAGAGCUGCCACGCCGAAUGGGAAAUUGGAUUUGAUAGCGACUGUUUAAGGUUGGGUUGCGUGGGGGGUGCUUUGCGAUGGUGGUUGGAGGCCGUUGAUGAGAGUCAAGAGGGGGACUCAAGAGGUUAACAAAGUCGAGUUAAGUCUCCUGAGAAAUUGAUACGAUAGCACUCGACUGCAUGAUUUGUGUAACCGCGCCAUAUGUUGUGUCUCUGUCGUUUGGAAGCAAAAAGCAAAUUGUUCGAAGCGAAGGUCCAGUGCCGGCCCCAGUUUUUGAUCUUAUCAGAUCUCCCCUUUGCUAUGAUAUGCAUGGAGAUUGUUGCAGCCAGUCCGCUGACUAACAACCACAGCAGGAUCUUAAAGUCAGUAUCAUAUCGACAAGUAAACAACUCACCAACCCAUCAAUGGGUGUUUGCUGGCAGUUGACCUCGACGCUGAUCAGUCGCCGGGCCGUGCCCUCCCACCGACAAGCACCGGGCGCAAACCCCACCAGGUCCGUCAGAAGUCCCGUUGGAAACUCAAUUGCCAGUUGGCUUCCGGGUUAUCCAGAGGGCCAUCACCGUGCUUGGUACCAUGGAUCAAGAGGUCAAAGACAACAGCAGCCAAGCACCGUCUGCAGGGGGGAGAGCGGCAGGCAGUGAGUGAGUGGGUGACAGACAGUGCUCUGAAAUGGCAGAUGGCCCCGCUGACGGGACACCUAACGGGCAGGGGCACAGCUUUUGGCUAUUACUUGAAGCAAAGAAAGCCACCUUAGCUACGAUAAUACUCGGCAGUGUAUAGUAUAGCUUGAGCUCAAAAAGACUCGGUACCUGUCUGAAUCCAUCACCGCUUCUGCUUACAAUCCAACCCUUUCGGAAGCGACCGUUGCUAGCUGCGACGCUACGGACUGAGCCAAGCACUGUUUCGGGUCGGCAGCCUGCCAAGAUCACGGCGUUUGCUCCCAAAGAGCUGUGCCCUGCUCCUACUCCCGCCGCCUCCGCCCUGGCUUCGUGGGACUCGCUCUCACCCCAAAGGACCCCAACAAGUGCCCCAAAGAGAGGACCCUGACAAGGAGCCCCAUCCAGACCCCGACCCGACCGACGAACGAGAACGUCACAAGAGACAGCCUCCAUCUGGAUUUGUUUGCGCCUCGAUAAUAAGAAGCCCUCCUUUGCCUCCCGGCUCCGUUUUCCCUGUUCCUGUUCCCGUCUUGUCCGGCUUGCGGCUGCUGGCGACUUGAGAUCGCGAAAGUCACUGGUAUGCCCUUUUUGUCCACCUUCGUCAUGCGAAGAAGCAAUGCGGGCUCACACUCAUCCACCCUCAUCAGACCGCUCCGGGGGACUCCCGUUUCCUGACUUUGGCCCUCAGAGAAGCUUUCUCAUCCUCGACGAGCCACCACCGCCACCGACGACGACGACGACCGCCGAGGAGGGUGGUCCGCGAGACUCGAUCGCUUCGAUUGUUGACGACCCGUUUUUCUUUGGCUACCACAGCACCACCGCGAAUACUACCUCUGCUGUUGCUGCUGCUGCCACAGCCACCCCCGGCAUCCCUGGCGCGCUAACGACGAGUGCCGGCCACCGCAAUGAAGAGCGCCAGCCGUGGAUUCCUCCAAGGAAAGAUUCACUGAAAGACAUCGGUCCUACACCUUGGUUCGAUCGCAACAAACCAGCCAUGGAGGCCAUCAACAUCGCCAUUAUCGGCGUCGAAGGCGUGGGGAAGUCGGCUUUCGUCCAGCGAACGAUACGUUCCACGCGACCGCCGACACAGAACAUGAUCACAUUCAGGCAUGUGCUCGACGGGACGCAGUACUCAGUCACCCUGGUCGAGCUCGAUCUUGAGGGUUUCGAACUGGACCCCCGACAACCAAUACAGUGGCCGAAGCAGGUCGCCGGUCACAUGGUGCCACGAAUAGAUGGCGCCCUGAUCCUGUACGACGUUACCAACAAGGAGAGCGUGCGAGGGCUGGAUUCCACCAUGGCUGCGCUGACCAACUCUUCCCUGCCGACGGUUCUCGCCGCCACAAAAUGCGACGCCCCCGACGAAGCCCGCCAGAUCGACGUGGCAGAUGUUGCUUCUGCCUUUCCCACCUGUGCCGGUCACUUCAGAACGUCUUUCAACGUGCCGGGAAGCGCUCAGGACUGUCUCCAGGCUGCUUUAAAGGCCGCGUUGGCUAACAAGCGAGGAGAACAACCGGAAGGAUCGAUGACCAGAAGACGCGCUGCCUCGGCGAGUCUGGAUACCCCUCAAGAAAUGAUCAACGGAAGGCCAAUCAGCCAACACAGUAAACACAGCAGGGCAAGCUCCGACCUAUCACUCUUGCGGGGUUUCCCACCGCCCCCAAACGAGAGUCACUACAGGCCCCAGGCUUCGAGGUCGCCCAGACUAGACUAUUCUUCUGUUGCUCAGCACAGCAACUCAAAUUUGGGCUUGGCCGUUCCCGAAGACGGCCCGCAAACGACAGUGUCAGCCAUGCUUCGUCAACCAGGCAUUCGACUGGACAGCGGCGCCGAGUCGUUCUUAGAUGUGUCUGAAUCCGACGGAGAAUCGUAUCGGUAUUCGGACGACAUACCAAUACUGCAGCGCAACAAUGAGAACUUUUUGGACAGGUCAGCCAAGGUGGCGGGAGUGAGUUUCGACGACCUUGUCGACAGGCUUGUCGCGCCCAAGAUGGCAAAGGCGGACCAAAACUUUACCGAUAUCUUUUUGUGCCUGUAUCGAAAAUUUGCCGCGCCUUCCGAGCUGCUAAACGCGAUUCGGGCUCGUCUCGACGAGUUGAAGGAAGACAAGACGACGCACAUUCUGAUCAAGGCGGAGGCUCAGGCGCGGCUGGUCGAGUCUGUGGCGAAGUGGGUGUCGUUGUAUCCUGGGGACUUUGCCAGGCCGGCAACGAAACGAAGUCUGGAAGAGAUGGUCGGAGAAUUAUCUUUGGAUCCGCUGUUUGUCACGGCUGCCCAGCAGGUGCGUGUUCACCUGGAACACAAGGUGGUCGAGGACGACGACACGGGCUGGGGAAAAUCAGACCCAAUAGACGAGACAGACAACAUGUUUGAAGGUCUGAGCCGACCACACACGGGCAUCACGGGAUCGAUGAACUCGCUCCAACUCGACGACCCCAGCAACCCCCCCUCCAGCCACCACCGACGCCCCUCCCAGAGCUCAGAGAGAUCGGGGUCAGAUAUUCAUGGUCGGACAACGGCCCGGUAUCAACACCACACGCUGGAAGACUACGAGCGCGAAGCGGCCACGCUGGUGCCGAUGCCCUCAUUGGCGCUCAACAAGUUCCGCUGGCACCAGUUCAUGGAGCUCGACACAGAGGAGAUUGCCGACGAGAUCACAAGGAUAGACUGGGUCAUGUUCAGCUCGAUCCGGAUCCGGGAUUUGGUUCGCGACGUCUCGCUGAACCGAGAACAAAAAGAAAAGUGCAAAAGCCUCAAGAACGUCAACAGGAUGAUAUCCCACUUUAACCACAUUGCCAAAUGGGUCGCCAACAUGAUUUUGAUCAGAGAUAAAGCCAAGCACCGGGCUCCGUGUCUGGAAAAGUUUAUGCUGAUUGCCUUGAAGCUGAGGCAAAUGAAUAACUACAACGGUCUGGCGGCCGUGCUGGCGGGGAUCAACGGCACGGCGAUCCACCGGCUGUCGCAGACGAGGCAGCUUGUCAGCGCGGAGACGCAAAAGAGGUUUGCGAGGUUGGUGUUGCUGAUGGGGACGCAGAAGAGCCAUUUCGCGUACCGGUUGGCGUGGGAGAAUUCGCCGCUGCCGAGGAUCCCGUUUAUGCCGCUGCACAGACGGGAUUUGGUGAGUGCUGAGGAGGGGAGCAAGACGUUUGUGGGGGAGGGGGGGAGGAGGAUCAACUGGAAGAAGUUUGAGGUUUUGGGGGAGGUGUUGCUGCCCAUCAUGAAGAGUCAGGGGAUGCCGUACGGUGUCGGGGAGGGGGGGGGGGGAGGGAGGGGGGAGGUGAGGGAGUUGAUUUUGGAUGGGAAGUUGAUGGAGGAUGAGGAGGAUAUAUAUCAACGAUCCAUCCAGGUCGAGGCCAGCAGCGCGGCCGGCGCUGCGGGGGCGGGGGCGGGGGAGGGCAGCACGAAGAAAAAGUUCCCCUGGAAGAGGGGGUUUAGUGGGGGGUGGAGGAGGUUGUCUUCUACUACUACUACUACUACUACUACUACUAUUAUUACUACUACUGCUGCUGCUGCUACUACUACCACUACAACGACAACAGAUGAAGAGGGGGAGCACCGGGAGGAGCAACAAGAGACGGAAGAAACUGGUGGUGGUGGCGGUAAGGCGAGACCGCACAGCUUGGGGACCGUGGAGGAGAAGAAGCCAAAUAAGAAGAUGGCGGGGGACUACCCGGAGGUGUUGAGGAAGUUUAGCUUGCCGCUGAGUGUGCAGGGGAUUGGGAGCAUGGGGUUGGGGUUUCCCAUGCCGUAG